AUGGCUCCUCUAACAAACAUGCAUGGAGUCUCCAAAACCAUUACUCCAAUUACAUGUCUUCUUCCAAAUGCACAAAAUACCUUUAGAAAAGGACAAGUAGUUGUUGGAUUUCUAGGAAGCAAAACAAAGAAAUCAUCAGAAAGUGACUCAAUUCACACUACAAGAAGAACAGCUGCAAUAAGCUUUGUUUCUCUAAUUCUUACAGGACAAUUCAAUGAGAAGAUUUCACUAGCUAAGGAUAAUGGAUUCUGGAUUGAAGGUCCUAUUCCAGAACCAACAGUCACUAAUAAUAUUGCGAAUGAGAAAACGGGGACACGUUCAUUUAUUAAGAAGAAACUCUACAUGGCGAAUAUUGGAGCAAAAGGAAGUGUUUUUAGGAUCAAGAAAUAUUCAUUUGAUCUUCUUGCAAUGGCUGAUUUGAUUGCACAAGACACACUCAACUAUGUUAGGAGAUACCUAAGACUCAAGUCUACUUUCAUCUACUUCGAUUUCGACAAGGUUAUCUCCGCUGCUCCGGUUGAUGAUAAGCAACAACUCACUGACAUGGCUAACAAACUGUUUGAUAAUUUUGAAAAGCUUGAAGAGGCUUCAAGGAACAAGAAUCUAGCUGCAACACAAGCAUGCUAUAAGGAAACUGAAGUUAUGCUUAAAGAUGUCAUGGACAAGAUGACUAUAAUGUAUAAAACAAUUUGA